AUCUCCGCCCCUUUCUGUCCUCGGGUCUCUUCUACCAAAAAGCCGGAAAAUGGCGGGCGUUCUUACCAAGGUUUCCCGUAUCGUGUCAGCUUCGCAGUCGACCCUGCGGCAAGCUCCUGCUGCCCUUGGCUCUACAGCGUCCCUUCAGCACAGAAACUAUGCCUCAGGAAAGCGUAUUGAGGUGGCUAACCCUGUGGUGGAACUGGAUGGAGAUGAGAUGACCAGGAUCAUCUGGGACAUGAUCAAACAGAAGUUGAUCUUCCCCUACAUCAACGUGGACUGUAAAUACUACGACCUGGGUCUGCCCUACCGCGACCAGACUGACGACCAGGUCACCAUCGACUGUGCUGAGGCCAUCAAGAAGUACAACGUGGGCAUCAAGUGUGCAACCAUCACCCCAGAUGAGGAAAGGGUUGUAGAGUUCGACUUGAAGCAGAUGUGGAGAUCCCCCAAUGGAACGAUCCGUAACAUCCUGGGUGGAACAGUGUUCCGCGAGCCAAUCAUCUGCAAGACCGUACCCCGCCUUGUUCCCGGCUGGACGCAGGCCAUCGUCAUUGGCCGUCACGCUCACGGCGACCAGUACAAGGCCACGGACUUCGUGGCGGAGAAGGAAGGGAAGUUUGAGAUGGUGUUUACCCCCUCUGACGGCAGCGAACCAACCAGAAUGGAGGUGUUUGACUUCAAAAAUGGAGGUGGCUGUGGCAUGGGCAUGUACAACACUGAUGAGUCCAUCACAGGGUUUGCCCACAGUUGUAUGCAGUAUGCCAUCAACAAGGGCUGGCCUCUCUACAUGUCCACCAAGAACACCAUCCUGAAGAGAUACGACGGCAGGUUCAAGGACAUCUUCGAGGACAUCUACCAAAAACAUUACAAGAACGACUUUGAGUCGCGGAAGAUCUGGUACGAGCACCGUCUGAUUGAUGACAUGGUUGCCCAGGUGCUGAAGUCGUCCGGAGGGUUCGUGUGGGCCUGCAAGAACUACGAUGGAGAUGUGCAGUCUGACGUGGUCGCUCAAGGAUACGGUUCCCUGGGACUGAUGACCAGUGUCCUGGUGUGUCCUGAUGGUAAGACCAUCGAGGCCGAGGCUGCCCACGGCACUGUGACCAGACAUUACCGGGAACACCAGAAGGGAAACCCAACGAGUACCAACCCCAUCGCCAGCAUCUUUGCCUGGACAAGAGGUCUGGAGCACCGGGGUAAACUGGACGGGAACCAGGAUCUAGUCAAGUUCUGCCAGACCCUUGAGCAGGCCUGUAUUGACACAGUGGACUCUGGGAAGAUGACCAAGGACUUGGCUGGAUGUGUCUACGGAGGCAUGGCCAAUGUAAAGCCAGGCCAGUACCUGUACACCAUGGACUUCCUGGAGGCUAUAGAGGAAGAACUGAAGAGGAAGAUGGGCAACUAGUGUGAACCAAACAGUGCUUCAUGUGGAACAGUUCAUGUCACAAGGGACUGUAGUGCCGAACCAUGUGUGUUGUAUGCAGUGUAUACUAUAUUGGGAGAACUCCAAAUAAAAGUUCUGUACCGUGUACCGCCUCAAUUAAAUUAGCAAAAACCCGAAAAACACAUGAAAGUAAAGCAAUAGAGGAGA